AUGGCGCGGCUAUGGUGCGGCGCGAUUGUACAAACUUUACAGAGCCAGAGUCCUAUCGCGCGGGAGAAGACUGAUGAGGUAUUGGGACACACUUUUGUUGAUGGGCUAGAUGAGGCCUCAAAGAUGAAUCUUGAUUCAGCUUGUGGUGGUAGUUGCAUGGCGAAACCAUAUAGUGAAAUUCAACUCUUGCUGAAUAACUUCACUGCUAAUGAUCAUAACUAUCAAGGAGAUGGGCAUUCACGCAAGGCAAGUAAACAGAAGACAACCGGGUUGAUUGAGAUUGAUGACCUCUCGGCCAUGAGAGCGGAGAUAGCAAAAUUGGCAAACCAGAUGAAUAGAAUGACAAUGCAAAAGACACAACAAAUGCAACAUGUACAACAAAUGUCUCUUUGUUGCGAACUAUGUGGUGACAACCAUAUAAGUGACAUGUGCCCCACGAAUCCAGAAUCUAUAUACUAUGUGGGACAGCAGAGCAGGGGUUCAAUAAAUCAGAAUGCACAAUAUUGGAACACUUAUAACCCAAAUUGGAAGAAUCAUCCCAACUUCUCAUGGGGUGGAAAUCAGCCGAAUCAGAAUCAUUAUAGACCCCAAGGAAAUUUCAAUCAACCUCAGAAGACACCUCAACAGGUAGAAGAGAAAGGGAAUGAUUUGUUGAAGCAGUUGUUGCUUGACAAUCAACAACUUAGGACCGAUUUCAGAAAUUUGGAGCGCCAAAUGGGACAGCUUGCCAAUGCUCAAAACACUAGACCAGUUGGAGCUUUUCCAAGUGAGACUAAAGCUAAUUCUAAGGCAUCCCUUAAUGUCGUGUCGUUGAGGAAUGGGAGACAAUUAGAAGAGGUUCAGUCGAAAAAGAGCAAACUAGUGACUUUUCAUGAGAGGCCAACCACUAUUGAAUCAACAUCAGAAAAAGCUAAGGAUCUAGAGAAGCCAACUGGAGAGGCGGUGCAAAUUAAUAUUCCAUUGGUUGACAUCUUACAAGAAGUGCCCAAAUAUGCAAAGUACAUCAAGGACAUUGUGGCAAAUAAAAGAAGGCUAACCAAGUUCGAGACUGUGGCACUCACUGAGGAGUGCAGUUCAAGAAUUCAGGGCAAGUUACCUCAGAAAUUGAAAGAUCCAGGUAGUUUCACUAUCCAAAUCUCGAUUGGUAAACAUGUUGUUGGGCGAGCUUUAUGUGAUCUUGGAGCGAGCAUCAACUUGAUGCCGCUAUCUGUGUUCAGACAGUUGGGGUUGGACUACGAGCCCGAUCAGGAUGUCCCAUUUAUUUUAGGGUGUCCAUUCCUAGCCACGGGCCGAGCUAUUAUUGAUAUUUGCGAAGGAAAGAUGACAAUGAGAGUGGGUGAUCCAGUGGAGGUCUUCAAUGUUUAUAGAGCACUCAAAUUACCAACCCACUAUGAAGAGUUAUCCAUGAUCAUUGUGGUGGAGAGUGAUGCCACAUCGUUAGUGCCCUAUAUGAGCCCUGUAGAUCCUGUUGAACAAGUAUUGAUUGGGGAUGUAGAAUAUAGUGAAGAUGAAAUGAUAGGAUAA